AGCCAAAGAACCAGCGCUGUCCGAAGACAUCUCCGUGGUCAUGUGGCCAGCAUGACUAAAUGCCAAAGGCGUACAGAACACUGUUACCUUCCCACUCAAGGGCUUCUCUUGUAUUAUCUUCGCAGAGGAAGCAGUCUAUCCCACAAUGGCUUUCAGGGCUCCAUACAAUCUCAAUGAAUUCAGCUCAAGCGCCUCUGAAAACAACGGUUUCGGUAUCCCAGGUCAAUUACUGGUCAGAAAAAUUGUGUCGCAAAUAGAGUUCUACUUUUCGGAUGAGAACUUGUCCAAAGAUUUAUUCCUUCUGAGGCAUAUCCAGAGGAACAAAAUGGGAUUUGUCAGUAUUAAGCUGCUGACAACUUUAAAAAAGAUGAAACGUUUAACUUGGAACUGGCAAGUGACCCUUUAUGCUCUGCAAUUCUCAACAUUGCUGGAAAUCAAUGAAGAAAGGACCAAGGUGAGGAGGAAGGAGCCUAUUCCAGAGUCUUUUAUAAACGUCCCUCUAAACAAGACGCUUAUUGCAUGGAAUGUCCUUUCAUGUGAAGAUUCUGGUUCUUCUUCACUCCUGCUUCAGGAAAGCUUUCUGGAUACAAUUGUGAAGCUGUUUGGGCCUUUUGGUGACAUCACCUGCAUACGCAUCUUCAGACCUGGCAAAAAACUCCCCUCAGCGGUGAAGAAAGCUACCUCUGUUUAUCCUGAGCUUUUGAUUAGAUGGUGUGCAUUGGUAGAAUAUGAAAGGCUGAAGUGUGCCCAGAAGGCUUUUGCAGCGCUCACCCACAAGCAGUUCUGCUCUCCUGGGCAAAAGAUCAAAGUGAUCAGCAUCUCUACUCUCAAAAAGAUAAAUGUGGCCAGUCAAGAAGAUAAUAAAAAGAUUGAAGAAAUACCAAAGUCAAAAUGGCUCAACAAAUUAUCAGAAGGCCGUGAAGACUCCCUCCCCUGCAGUUCAUCUACGGAACCAGAUAGUAUCCCAGUUUCUACUGCUAAUAUUCUUCAGAAUUUCUUUUCUCCUCCUCCAAUCCAAUCUGCUACUAAGCCUUACAACUCAUCAGGUCAGGCCUCCAGACCAAAUUCCUUCAGCACACCAUAUGUAAAACGUCUUGAAUUACGCAAACCAUUGUCAGGGCCACCAGGCUGCUUAGCUAUUUCUGCACCAAAAUCAGGUGAACCAGAAUUUAAGAAACCAUCCACCCCCCCCUGUGGCAAUAGAGGGGUGAAAUCUUUAUGCAUGGUGAUUGGGCAGUACAACAUUCUUUGGAAUGAGUUUAAUUCCAAGGAAUCCAGAAGUCCAAGGAAUAAGAAGGCUCUGGAGAAAAAGAGAGAGAUGCCUGCACAGUGUAAAAUUGCGUUGUAUGAAUUUUAA